CUGCGACUCACCGCAUCCACCAGAGCGCGGAGGCUGCGGCACCUUGUGCGGCGCGCGCACCUCAACCAGCCCGGGCUCGCCUCCGGAGCCCUCCGUAUGGACUCACCAUGCGCAGGAUACGGGCCAACGCCAUCGCGAUUCUGACCGUCGCGUGGAUCCUGGGGACGUUUUAUUACCUGUGGCAGGACAACAAGCCGCAGUCGUCGUCGUCGCCGUCGCUGUCGGCGUCGCAGACCCGCGGCAGGGGGGGGGGCCAUGGGCAAAAGGGGGUCUCCGGUCGGCUGGAGAUCCACCGGGACGACAGGACCAGCCCGCUGAUAGUGACCCCGCCCCCGCGCUCCGAGCAGCAGCUCCAGCUGAUGGGCGUCUUCGAUGAGAAGGCCUACAUGGCGGGGAAGCAGCUGGCGCCCGGCGACGACCCGUACCGCGAGCACGCCUUCAACCUGCAGGAGAGCGACCGGCUGGGCAGCGAGCGCAGCGUCAGGGACACGCGCCACUACAGGUGUGCCUCUCUGACCUACGACACCGACCUGCCCUCCACCAGCGUCAUCAUCACCUUCUACAACGAGGCUCGCUCCACUCUGCUCCGCACCAUCAAAAGCGUCCUGCUGCGGAGUCCUCCAUCCCUAAUCCAAGAAAUAAUCCUGAUCGACGACUUCAGCUCCGACUCUGAGGACUGCCAGCUGCUCUCUCAGAUCCCCAAAGUGAGCUGCCUGAGGAACGCCAGGAGAGAGGGUCUGAUCCGAUCCCGUGUGCGUGGAGCCAACACGGCCUCGGCCUCCAUCUUGACCUUCUUAGACAGCCACUGCGAGGUCAACGUCGAUUGGCUGCAGCCGAUGAUCCAGAGAGUCAAGGAGGACCAUACGCGAGUGGUCAGCCCCAUCAUUGAUGUCAUCAGCCUGGAUAACUUCGCCUAUUUGGCCGCCUCGGCAGACUUGAGAGGAGGAUUUGACUGGAGUCUCCAUUUCAAAUGGGAGCAGAUUCCCAUAGAGCAGAAAAUGGCGAGGAGCGACCCCACACUGGCAAUCAGGACUCCCGUCAUCGCCGGUGGCAUCUUCACCAUGGACAAGAGCUGGUUCAACCACCUGGGCCAGUACGACACCCACAUGGACAUCUGGGGAGGGGAGAACUUUGAGCUUUCUUUCCGGGUGUGGAUGUGCGGAGGAAGCCUGGAGAUUCUUCCCUGCAGCCGCGUGGGUCACGUGUUCAGGAAGCGGCACCCGUACGACUUCCCAGAAGGCAACGCUCUCACCUACAUUAAGAACACCCGGCGGGCUGCCGAGGUGUGGAUGGACGAGUAUAAACAGUACUACUACUCAGCGAGGCCGUCGGCCCAGGGCAAGGCCUUUGGCAGCAUCGCAGACCGUCUGACUCUGAGGCGGAAGUUGAACUGCAAACCUUUCCGCUGGUACAUGGAGAACGUCUAUCCUGAGCUGAGGGUCCCGGAGAAGGAAGCGGUGUCCAGUGUGCUGAGACAAGGCGGUUUGUGUCUGGAGACCCGUGGGACCGAUACACUCGGCCUGGCGGAGUGCCGGGGCAUCGGAGCCAUCAGGUCGCAGAGAUGGGAACUAAUAGAGCCUCUGAUCCGGCAGCAGGACCUCUGCCUGGCCAUUUCCGCCUUCGCGGCGGGGUCAAAGGUCAAGAUGGAGUCCUGCAAUGCAAAAGAGCCCAGACAGAAGUGGAAGCCUAAAGGCCCGGCUCUGCAGCACAUGGUCAGCGGCCUGUGUCUGGACAGCCAGACCCCGACGGGCCCUCUGGUCAUCACGCAGUGUCGCCCCCAGAUGGCCAGCCAGUCUUGGGAACCCCAAAUAAUCACCUGAACACGGCGGCGAGCGCAGAGUGGCGAGCGCACGUUCGUGAAGUCGACUCGGAGCGCCCGCUCUCCGGGUCGGAGAGCGUCCGUUGAAAACAUCGGGAAGGCCUCGUCCUCCGUCCUCCGUCCUUUGAGGGUGCCGCAGUUUAUUCUACGUAAUCUUAAGCUUUUCACACAAAAAACUGUUGCACAUCUGACUUUUUCUUUCAUUUCUGUAUCUAUCCUGGUCGGCGGUUUCUUUGCUUAUAUCUGGAGUCGGGAGGAUUGCCUCAGCGCGUGAAUACUUCUGAUGACUGUGUGGACCAGGGCAGCUUCGUAUGUAGCCUCGUCACCAUGUUUUUUAUUUGUAUUUCUGAGUGCACCAUGCAAAGCACUGUCAGGAACAUUAUUUAUUGUUUUGCAUGGUCAGACCCAAAGAAUGUUUUUUUCUUUUUUCUGUCUCUCUACGAAGUUUUAUGUAAAUAUUUGAAGCAGAUAUUUGCUUCAUUUUUUGUGUCAGGUACUCUAUAUGUUGUUUAAAAAUAAAAUGUGGUAACAAAAGAA